CCAUUGUUGGAAGAGGCAUGGAAGGUUUGCAGUAUCGCCAACACCAGGUUCCCCAACUCUUACCUCGUCCAACAGAUCGGAACCGUCGCCUACGUUGCGUUCUCCGGCAGGCAGAUAGAUUCCGGUUUAGAACCGAGCUGUAGAAAUCUGCUGCCGUUGGACGCCGCCGACGGUGGCCUUUUCGCUCCCCUCUAUCGGCAUAAUCAAGCGAAGGAGCCCAUCAAGGUGUAUCACGGGAUGUUAAAGCUUUUCCUCUCGUUCUACUCAGGAUUGCGAAUCCAGAUUUCGGUGUUAGUAGGGAAAGUGAAGUCAAUAGUGAUGACAGGCCACUCCAUAGGCGGGACAGCAGCCUCUCUGUCUGCACUGUGGCUGCUCUGCCAUCUCCACUCCACCAUGUCAUCUCCAAUGCCGGUGCUAUGCAUCACAUUCGGCUCUCCGAUGCUCGGCAAUGAAGCCCUCCAUCGAUCAAUACUCCGCCAAAGAUGGAGCGGAAACUUCUGCCAUGUCGUCUCCAAGCACGACAUCGUGCCGAGGGUCCUCUUCGCCGUAAUCACGAGCCACGUACCCGUACUACAAGCCCUGCUGCCCCAGGAUCCAAACAGCAAUAUUUUUCAAUGUGUUUUGAAGGACAUGGAAAUGUUGGUGCAUACAAAAGAUGUGUCAACUGAGACCCUGUUUUGGCCUUUCGGGAGCUAUGUGUUUUGCAGCCAAGAGGGUGCCGUUUGUGUUGAAAAUGCAGCAUCUGUUAUUCAAAUGAUGUAUCUGAUGAUGGCAAUGGGUUCACCAAGUUGUUGCAUUGAGGAUCAUCUCAAGUAUGGAGAUUAUGUAGGGAAAAUUUCUAAGCAGUUCUUGAAUGCCAAAAGCUUUCAUGAAAAUGGUGAUGGCCUACCUGAUUCUAGCUUUGAAGCUGGUGUGGCAUUGGCAUUGCAAUCUUCAGAUUUAACUGACAAGGAGGGACCACUUCAAGUUCAAGACUGGAACCUAAGGGAAAAUGUUGAGAUUAUGGCCAAGGAGUGCCUACAAAUAUGUAAAAACGAUCACAACCCAAAUCUUACUGCCGCCAACCUAGCAAUAAGAUUGUCCAAGAUAGCGCCUUUCAGAGCUGAAAUCGAGUGGUACAAAGCCUUCUGCGACGGAGCCGGUGAUCAAAUGGGUUACUACGAUUCCUUCAAGCGCAAGGCAGGCUCAAGAAGAGAAGCCAGGGUCAACAUGAACCGCCACAAGCUUGCUUUGUUCUGGAACAGCGUAAUCCACAUGCUGGAAAACAACGAGCUGCCACACAAUUUCGACAGAAGGGAUAAAUGGGUAUUCGCUUCGCUGUCCUACAAGCUCCUCGUGGAACCGCUCGACAUCGCUGACUAUUACCGGACCGGGAUGCACCGCCAACUCGGGCAUUACAUCGAGAAUGGAAGGGAGAGGAGGUACGAAAUAUUCGAGAAAUGGUGGAGCGACAGAAGCGUUAAAAAUGAAGAACACAAGAGGAGUAAACUUGCCAGCUUGACACAAGAUUCGUGCUUUUGGGCAAGGGUGGAAGAGGCAUGGGAAUGGCUGGAUAAUGUGACUAGUGAGAGAGAUGUGACCAAGAUAAACCUGUUAUGGAACAAGAUCGAUAUGUUCGAGAAAUAUGCGAGGCAGUUAAUUGAUAACAAAGAGGUGUCUGAAGAUGUGAUGCUCAGGAAUUCAAGCUUUAGUCGAUGGAUGGAAGAAUGGAGAGAAUUUAAGGCACAGGUUCUGGAAUUCCCUCCACUUUAUUCAUGAUCGUGGCUACUGUAA